UUUCAAAUGUCUUUAACUCAGAAAAUACAAUUCAAAAUCUAUUUCUUUCUUCACAGAAGUACUUGGCAGCGUGUUACCUUUCGGAUAAAAGUGUUUUUCUAAAAGGUGUCAUGUGCACUUUAAACUAUAUAUACCUUUAUACUCAGGGGAAUUAAGGCAUGACUGUCAGAAAAAUAGGAAUAUUAAACAAAAUUAUUCUAUAAACUUGGAUAAAGUAGAAUUUUAUCAAACUGGUCAAAUGUAUGUAUUUUGGUAUGUAUUAUAUUUUGGCAAAAAAAAUAUUUCAAAUGCUAACCAAAAUUUCCMAUUAGAUCUACUUAAUGAAUGACAGUAACUAUUUGAUUGUGCAUUUUCACUUAUUUUGAAGGUGUUUGGAUAUUAUACAAGAGGCUCAAAAGGAAAAAUCCAAGAUAUUGACCUAACGUCACGUGAUCUCGUUAUCAAAGUACAACAAUAAUUCUAUAUAGAAAGGCUAGUACAUUUAUAGAAUUAAUUUGGUGAUUAUUCACUAUUUUUCUGAGAACCAUGUCUUAAUUGCCUUUAGUGAGAAUGUGUGCGAUUACCUAGGCAAUGAAAGUUUUACAUCUUAUAAAUAAUGUAUAUUUGUUUGAAAAAGAAAGUAUCACGAUAAAAACAACUAGAAACUAGAAUCUUAUCACUGGAUAAUAGAUGGUGGACCUCAAUAUGCGAAAAGUAUAUGAAAAGUAAGGAACAGUAAAAUAUUCAUGCAAUAGAAAUAAGGCACUGAUGAUGUAAAUUACUAUUUAUAGCUAAUAGGAAGUUAAUUGGAAGAAAGUGAAGGUCGUUCCUUGAAUUGUUCAUGUGAUGAAUCCCAUAUAACCUCUCUGAUAUUCUUGCGCGCGAAAAGRUGUAAAUAACGARUCGAUUGGUUACGUCGACGGUCAUGCAGAUUUAAAAAUUUGAAACAAAAACAAGCAAACAAAAAACAGAUGAAACUUAUGGAAUGGUCAUGAUGUAGCUCAGUGUACCCACAUUUUUUAAAAGUUUUACUACAACAUUAAUCAUUAUUAGACGUAACUGGUUUUAGUCUGAACGUGUGUCAAAACUAUAUAGUUUCGAAAGCCAAAUGUUUCAUCGCUUAACAUAAUGAUUUCAAGGAAAGAAUUGCUCAAUAAUCAUACAUAUAAUUAGAUUCCUUGCAAAUCAAAUCAUCAGCGGCCACUGUUGUUGAUACGCGCAAUARACACUACAUUGCUGACCAUUGGUACCAUACGACAACUAAAAACCAGCAAUUUUAACUUCGAACAAAAAUAUAAGCAUAAUUCCAGUUUUGCUGGUGCGUGUUUUGAAUACAUAUAACGAAAAAAAGGAAAUUUUUAUGAAAUCGAGUGUCUGUUUCAGCAUUCAAAGCUUUAAGAUAGAGUUCCGUAAAGUGAGCCUGUGAAUCACGAGUUGAAUCAAAGAUAAAACAGUGGGGUAGGGUAACAUUUAUUCACGUCAAUAUCGUUUUGCAAUACGAUAACUGUAGUAUUAGAUUCAUGCGAAAUUACGGUAGACCUUUAUGACCUGCUUUCAGGUUACUGUAACAUCUGAAGCUUUGCACAUUGGUUAUAAUCAGAGUCAGGAAUUACAUCAUACGAUUCGUUAUUGAGUAUUCUCUACACAAAAAUGGAUCAUUUAACAAUCCUUACUUUGAACAGAUUCAAUAUAGUACAACAGCUCCAAGUUGAACGUUCCUUCUUGUUUGACUAUUUGCUGAGCAAGAAUGUGUUUGAUCGCGAUGACUAUGACUUGGUUCGGGCAGAGAAGACUCGUGAACAGAAGGCUGUAAAAGUGCUGGACAUUAUUGAGACUAAAGGACCAGAAGGUUUUAAUCAUUUCAAAGACGCUCUACAGCUAAUCAAUCCAAAUCUUUAUGAAAUAAUAACAGGGGAAAAGGCUACAGUCAGAGACAGCCCUAUUUUAGAUGGGACAGACUUCCAAGAUUCUGGAGAAGGACUCCCGCGUUUGAUUGACCAGGAUAUUCUUAGCAAUCACCUAAAACGUGUCACAGAUGACUUGCGUGAUAUAACCUUACGUUACAACACUCUCUUAAAAGACGACCAACACCUGCGUAAAAUACUUAAUCAGACCAAUAUUGAAAAAAAUAAGCUGAAUAAUCGCUUGAAAGCUCUUGAGAUGUCAUUAGCGGAGACUSAAGCUAUUGCGUCCAAGACUCACUUAGAUGCAAACGUUACUCUCCUCAACCGAUACGAAGCAAUGCAACAAGACACAAUCGGCAGUAAAGACUUCAUCAUACAGCUCCAGAUGAAACUUUUACAAAAUCAGGAAAAAUACGAAGAAAAGUCUCGCCAGCUCGAGGAGUACACAAUAAAAUAUAAACAUCUUGAAGAUGAGUUUUUGAAGGUUAAUGAAAACUAUAUUUUUCAACGAUCUGAAACAAAGAAGCUUUCCGYGACGCUCAGGACUCGAACUGAGGARGCAAAAGACUGCGAUCAUUUCAAGAAAGAAUGCAGAGAAAAGCAGUWUAAGGUAAUGGAGUURCAAAGCAGCCUUGACGAUCGUGAAAAAGAGCUUGAUGAAAUCAAGAACUGGACAACAGCCUUGAAACAACGKUACGACACAGUACUGCAAGAAAGAAACRAAAUUGUGGCCAAGCAGCAUGAGGCCACCGAAAACCUUUCCAUCUCCCAAAACAAUGUGAGUGACAUGGAAAUUAAAGUCAAGCGUCUUAAUCGYGAGAUAAUGGAGCUUAAAAAAGAACGAGACAGGCUGGAAGGUGAAACAACAAUGUUAAAGGGUCARGUGAAGGCAGAACACAACGCAUACAUCAAGGCUACAGAAAAGAAUGAAGAACUAAAAGUGUAUUUUAACGAGCUUCUCGAAUCCAAAGAAAUAGAACUCAGUAAUAAUAAAGAGUUUUCGGAGUAUUUACAGAAGGAAGUGGAGGAUUUAAGGCGAGAACUGUCGGUAAACAAAAAGGAGUUGUCCGCAUUGCGAGAUAUGAACGACAGCUUAUCUUGUGAUCUUCGUCAACUUAAAAAACAAUACAACACGGCAGUAGAGUCACUGGAUCAACAGAUUUCAGAACAAGAAAAAAUCGAAAGUGAAGAUAAUAAACCAAAUACCAGUCAAGACGAAAUUGAAGAUGGCGAAGACCAGUUAGAUGGCAAAGCUGCAACCCAUGAUAGAACAAGAAGACAAUCCACAGCUGAGCUUUUGAAAAGCAUAAAAAGGAGAUUUAAAAGCGGUCCAUCUCAAACACUAUUUUCUCAAGAAAAAUCAAAGCAAUUAAAUAAAAGUCGAAGUGUCGACGCUGGUCGGUCAUCAACACUGCGUACUCUACCUUAUGAAGCUCUUUCUUCUAUAUAYACAAAUGACUCACAUGACGCUGAUCUAGCUAAAUCAUCACUGCAUUAUGCUAGAAAGACUUCCAGCCCAUUUCCAUUAUCGAGUUGUACCCCACUGUCGACCUUGUAUUUGCAAAGUAUCGUGCAUGAGAGCUUUAAGGAUGGAGMCACAAUGGAUGAUAAAAAAUUGGAUUGUAUCAUCAAGGAAAGUAGCCAAACCACAGAUGACCGUAGAGAAGCGACCUUUAGACCUCGAUCCCAUGUUUUACGAGUGCAUCCUGACAUUCGUGGCAACUCGAAGAAAACUUUGGAGAGUGUGAAAAGCUGUAGUCCAAAAUGAAACAUGACGUGUUCUUAUCCUGCGAAUAAUGUUUAGGGAAAUUAUAGUUUAUUAAACUAUAUAGCUAGAAGAACAUAAAAUGUUAUGAUAAGAUAUUAUUUCYAAAAAGGUAUAUCAGCGGAUGUAUCUCGAGAACAAAAAAAUAGUUAUCAUCUCUCCAAAAGACGCGUCGUGAUUGGUCAAAAACUGAAAAUAGUCAAAACUAUAAAAAGAACAUAAGUCUUUUUUAAAGGAAGGGAGAAAUUUUAAAGUUCAAAUUUUUCGAUUKAGAAAUUAGAUAAYAUGCAAAGAUGAAAUUCGAAAAAUACUUAGGGGAGUAAAUAGARAGUCCGGUKAMGGGACAGAUACUCAGGAAAAAAUCCAAGUAUUGGUAUUCCAAGCUAGGUGUUURUGUGGUUUUUAGCAUUAUUUUGAAAUAUAUAAAUUUCAAUAAAAAUAAUUAAAACAUC